AUGCUUCACUCUCAGGGUCUUGUUUCUUGGUCUUUCCUGCUAGCUGCCUUAGGGGGAGCACAGGCGAAACUCGACCUAAAUUCAUCCAAGAAUUUGGUGGUUUACUGGGGCCAGAAUUCUUUCAAUGGAAAAGGUGACAAGUUGCAGCAACCGCUGUCACACUAUUGUGAUGACAAGGACAUUGAUGUUAUUCCAAUGGCCUUCAAUAUGAUGGUCAACGGCCCAGGAGGUGCACCAGAGGUUGACUUCUCUGUUAGCAGCAAGGACUGUGAUGUGUUUCCAGGCACGCAGUUGAAGAAUUGCCCCGACAUUGGAAACGACAUUAAGACGUGUCAGCAGAAGGGCAAGACAAUUCUUCUUUCCAUUGGAGGUGCCACCUACAGCGAGGGUGGUUUCAAAAGCGAGGCCGAUGCUAAAGACGGCGCAAAUCUCAUGUGGGAGACAUUUGGCCCAAAACAAGAAGGCUCUAAAGCACUCCGUCCCUUUGGUGACGCCGCGCUGGAUGGAUUCGACUUUGACUUCGAGGCUAACGUUCAAAACAUGGCUCCAUUCGCCAAUGAACUGCGCUCCCUGAUGGACGCUGAUAAGAGCAAGCAGAGGUUCUACUUGACUGCAGCACCUCAGUGUCCCUAUCCCGAUCAAGCAGACAAGGAGAUUCUCAAUGGUCCUGUCUAUAUUGAUGCUAUUUGGGUGCAGUUCUACAAUAAUUUUUGUGGUGUCAACAACUUCAACACCGAUAUGUCAAGCAAUAAGUACAACUUCGAAGAAUGGGACAACUGGGCUAAGACAGUCUCAAAGAACAAAAAUGUCAAGGUCAUGAUCGGUGUACCAGCCGGCACCACUGCAGCUAGCACUGGAUAUAUUCCUUCCUCCAAGUUGGACAGCGUUAUUGAAUACUCGAAGAAGUUCGAAAGCUUUGGUGGAAUUAUGAUGUGGGAUGCCACCCAGGCGUACGGCAACGAUGGUUUCAUUAGAGACGUGCGGAAAAGCCUGGGAGGCGCUGAUGAUUCCGGUUCGUCGUCCGACCCGGCGUCAACAUCGGCGCCCCCUCCUCCUCCGUCCACGUCCACUGACCCUACGAAGACAUCGUCAUCUUCCAGUGUACCCGAUUCCUCACCCUCCUCUUCCUCCUCCUCAUCUGCUACUGCUUCGCCCAAGGCACCUGAGACUAGUUCCACUCCCGAAUCGAAUCCUACCACCGAAGCCAAACCCACCACUGAGGCCAAACCCACCACUGAGGCCAAACCUACCACUGAGGCCAAACCUACCACUGAGGCCAAACCUACCACUGAGGCCAAACCUACCACUGAGGCCAAACCUACCACUGAGGCCAAACCUACCACUGAGGCCAAACCCACCACUGAAGACAAACCCACCACUGAGGCCAAACCCACCACUGAAGACAAACCCACCACUGAGGCCAAACCCACCACUGAGGCCAAACCCACUACUGAAGUCAAACCUACCGCGGUGCCUACCACCGCUACCACCCAGCCAAGCACUACUCAGGCUCCUCCAACUACCUUCUCUACAUCUCCUCCAGCCCCCGCGCCUACUGAUGCACCGCCAAAUGACACCUCGGACGACGACGACUCGCAGGAGGAGGCCGCACCGCCCCCAAGCAACGAUUCCAGCGAUGACGACGAUGACAGUUCUUCGCUCAACUCGAUUCUUGGAAACGAUCUCAUGGGUCUUCUGGGUGGUCUCCGCAAGGCUAAUGGUGUUGCUGGUGGCGUCACUCAAGGCCUGACCAAGGGCCUUCGGCGCCCUCAGCGCAGCCGCGUCUAA